CGGCCCCCGCGGCCAUUCCAAAGGAGGCGCAGUGCCGGCACCCCCAGAACGGAAGAAAUCGGGCAGCCUGCCCGCACCCAAACCCUCGUUCCAUUCUAAGGUAAUACUCGUUCUUAUCUUGUAAUUAUAUUAGUGAGUGUGAUAACAAUGACAAGGAAUUAUUAAUGAUGGAACAAAGGUGCUAAUUUGAUGAUGGUGUUUCAUAAUGUCAGGUUUGCCAGUUUGUGAGAUGGAUGGUUAUAAUGCCAGCAUGGAGGAGAUGGAAGAAUAUCACAUGAUGGUGAGUCAGAUGUUUGGAAGCGUUGAAGAAGGUUACGAGCACUACAACAGCUAUGCAAAAUCUAAAGGGUUUAGUGUGAGAUUGGACGACAAGGAGUAAAUUAGUGGCACCACGGAAUUGAAAAGAAGACAUUUCUGCUGCAGUAAGGAAGGGUACCGUUUGGAGAAGUACUUUGUAGCAAAAGAUCAAAUAAGGGAGCCACGGGCGCUCACCCGUUGUGGAUGUAAAGCUAUGCUUGAGAUCCAGCGAGAACCUGGAACGGGUCUUUGGUUUGUCAAGAAUUUUGUUGAUGUCCACAGCCAUCCACUUGACCCCAAGCAGUCUCCUUUUCUACGGUCACAUCGCCGUUUAAACAACGCUCAGAAAGCUGAUGCAGUAGAAUAUGGUCUUGGUGGCCUUCGUACGUGCCAAAUCAUGGAAGUUAUGGAGAAGCACCAUGGUGGGUAUGAUCAGGUUGGGUUUGUUUCCCGGGACCUCUAUAAUUUCUUCGCCAAGUACAAGAAGAAAAGAAUCUUAGGAAGGGAUGCUGAAUUUGUCUUGAACCACGUGAGAACCCAAGUUGAACGAGAUGCUGAAUUUUUCUUCAAAUACAGUACGGAUGAUGAAGGACAUCUUCAAAAUAUAUUCUGGGCAGAUUCACAAUCUCAGAUUGAUUAUGAAGCAUUCGGUGACCUAGUUGUGUUUGACAGCACAUAUCGGGUCAAUAGGUAUAAUCUCCCAUUUGUUCCAUUUAUUGGGGUGGACCAUCAUCGCAGUACAAUUGUUUUUGGUGUUGGUAUUGUUUCGGACGAGACUGUCUCGUCGUACGAGUGGCUACUGCAAUCAUUUCUUGAGGCGAUGAGCCAUAAGAACCCGAGAUCUGUGAUCACUGAUGGAGACGCCGCCAUGAGGAAAGCCAUUAAGAAGGUUAUGCCGAGGACAGACCAUCGACUAUGCAGUUGGCACAUUGAGCAGAACAUGAUACGCCACCUGCGUAAUCCAAUGCUUCGGGACUUCAGAAAACUCAUAUAUCGUAAGAUGAGAGUAUAUGAGUUUGAGAGAUCUUGGGCUCAGUUCAAGGAAAAGUAUGAGAUCACAGAGCAGGCUGCAUGGAUGUCCAGAAUGUACAAACUUAGGAAGAGGUGGUCUGUGGCUUAUACAAAUGGAAGAUAUUUUUUGGGCAUGCAGAGCAACCAGCGUAGCGAGAGUCUUAACUCUAGGCUCCAUAAUCACCUAGACCGGAAAAUGUCGUUGGUUGACUUGGUGGAGCACAGCGAGCACUGCAUGUCACGUAUCCGCAUAAAUGAGGCCGAGUUGGAUGCAAAAGCUGCACAUCCAGUCCCUUUCACUAGAAUAGAUGCUAAUCCAUUAGAGAAAAAUGCUGCCCGUAUUUACACACCAAAGAUGUUCAGGAAGGUUAGAUAUUGCAUUCGCAGAUCAUCUGCAUGGGAGAUUGAAGAGCAUACAAAGAGAGAUGGGUUGGUCACCUAUAGAGCUGCAUUAAAAGAAGGAGCCGAAGGAGGGAGCAGACAUGUCUUCUUUGUAGAGUGUUCAUUUCAUGGCUCUUCAAUGAAUGGCAUCUUCUAUGGUUGCCGCAAAUUGGAGUGCGAAGGUGUCCCAUGGUUCACACAUUUUUUCUGUUCUGAGUUUCCUGGGUGUAGAGACCAUUCCUCCGUGCUGUGUUUGGAUUAGGUGGACAAUGCAAGCCAAGGCCACAUUCGUGUCGGAGACAAAUGCCAAUACACAUGUGUGGUCAGAAGAGAUGGGUCGUUACCGGCGAGUGCGAAACAAGGCUAGUGUUGCUCUAUUCAAAGCUUCGAAGAGCGAUGAGCGUUCGCAGCAGGUGAUGGAUUUUCUGCAAAGCAUUCUCGAUGGUACCGUUGAGAAUGAUGGGACCCCAGAUGAGACAGAUUUUGGUCCUAUACCAUCCCAUUAUUCUGCCUCAAGCAAUGCUUUUGGGGAGAAAGUCCUUGAUCCAAAAAUAAUCGUGACAAAAGGUGCUCCAUCAAAGAAAAGAAUGAAGCCAUUUCAUGAGACAUUAAGGCAGUCGAAUGGGCACAAGAGGCGAAACAGAUCGUGCGGCGAAUGUGGCGAUUGCACACAUGACAGGCGCACUUGUCCAAAACUGAAGUAGUUAUUUGCUUUGCGGGGCAAAUUUUAUUUUUGUGCUUUUAAGAUGGUAGUUCGAGAUAGCAGACUCUGGAGGCGUGAUGAAGACGCUGCUGCCUGCUGCUGGGGCAUCCUACUACUUGGUUGGAGGAACAAACUAAAGUUUGGAUCAAUCUUGAUCUUCUGAUUAUGUCUAAAUUGCAGGGAAUUUGGUCUGGAUUGAUUGGUGGAACUGCAGUUCAGACGCUGGUAUUGGCCUAUCUCACCAUUAGAUGUGAUUGGGAUGAAGAGGCAAAGGUAACCAGUGCACGGAUGAAAAAAUGGGCCAGCACGAAGUGAAGCUAAUCAACAAUACUUUUGAGGUCGUAGUGGACAUUGAAGCCCAGUAGAAAGAUCAUCAAUUCUGGUCAAAACAAAAGAAAAUGA